AUGAAUUGUCAACGAACAAAACGGUGUUCUGUCGUGAAAAGCGUAGAGCAUUCCUUCGAACCACGAGUACCUCCGCUAGUCUUCAUGCUCGACGAUGAGCCCUCAGUAGGAGCUCUGGAAGCUGAAGACCUGACCGUUGCCCACUACGAUGCAAGGCAGUUGGUUCGUCUUGUUCAGUGCCCACGGUGUUCGCGGCCCCUCAGCACUCCGGUGACGUUGCCAUGCGGUCACACCGUCUGCCGCGGCUGCCUGCCACCCUCCAAGCCGCGCACGAAUAUAUCAUAUCCGAACACACCAGAUCACCUAAGCGGAGUUGCCUGUCCAUUGCUGGGAUGCGGGGCAGAGCAUGCGUCUGCAGAGUGUUCUGUAGAUGUGACCUUGACAAAGUUGAUGGAGCAGAUCACGACCGAGAUAGUACGACACAGGCCAACCAUCGAAGACACCCCAACACUACUUGAAGAGAUAUUGCAAGAGGAAGACCAGCAAGAUGAAGAGAAAGAAAGCAUAAGCGAAAAGGGGCAUCAUCAGGUGCUGUAUGGUGGUCGCUUAGUCUCAACCUUCACCCUGGCCGAGAUGGGUGAGCUUCGAUACAGCUCUGAAGUCGAAUAUAGCACCAUGUCAGCAACUGGAGAGACUUACGAGGAACUCGAUAUUGCAUUGGCUGAACGGCUGCGAGAGGUCACGCACAACGAACUUGACUGUCUUGUUUGCUAUAACAUGAUGCUAGAUCCAACAACCACCACAUGUGGCCAUACUUUCUGCCGCCGUUGUCUCGAGCGUGUCAUGGACCAUAGCAGCAUAUGCCCGUUCUGCCGCAGGGAGCUGUAUGUGCCUGCUUCACUGCAGAAUCAGCAUAGCAAUGCUAUUCUCAACUCGCUUUUGAACGCCCUGUGUUCGGACCUUGUUACUGCACGAGCCGCAGCGUAUAGGGAAGAAGAACAGGCCGGGAACGAUAUCCUCACCACGCCACUAUUCAUCUGCACGUUAGCUCUCCCUUCGGUGCCUGCAUUCCUUCACGUCUUCGAGCCUCGGUAUCGAUUAAUGAUGCGACGAGUAAUCGAAGGCAACAGACAGUUCGGCAUGGUCAUGUCCAACCGCACCUCCACACCUCAAGGGAAUUUGGGCGUGACUCCGUUUCUCGAAUACGGUACUCUGCUGGAAAUUGUCAAUUAUGAGCUCCUCCGUGACGGGCGUAGCUUUGUGGAGACACGAGGUAUCGGCCGAUUCAAGAUUAAGGACCACGGCAUGCUCGACGGAUACAACGUAGGUUGUGUCGAGCGCAUCGAAGACGUUUCUCUUGCCGAAGAGGCGGGCUUAGAACAGCGCGAGACGACCAUGGCUCGGGAUUUCGCAGAGAUAUACCUCCAACAAAAUCCCGAGGCCCCCCUUCCUUUUGACGUCGCUACUGAGGUUUUGUCGACUCAACAACUACUCGAUAGCUGUACAGCUUUUGUUCGAGAGAUGAGAGAGGCUAGCGCACCUUGGCUCCGCGAGCGCAUCAUCCAGGUUUACGGAGAACCUCCCGAGGACCCCGCACUAUUCCCAUAUUGGUUUGCCUCUGUAGUGCCGAUUGUCGAGGAAGAAAAGUAUGUGCUGCUUCGGACUACCCGGGUCCGGGAGCGCCUGAAGAUUGUGUACUCGUGGAUUGGAAGGAUCCGUGGACAGCGAUGGUCCUCCGGAAACGGAUGCAGCAUCCUGUGA